UCCACAGUGAUGUGUGGACACGUCAUACGUCGUGUAAAUCAAGUGUUUUCUUAUCUCGUUGGAGCGGGCACAGCAUCACAUAUUCAAAGUCAAGGAUGUGGCAUUGAAGGCGCAGCAUAAAGGCAGCUCAGUGCCGCCCUGCACAACUCCUCUAUCACAGCACGCUGGAGAAAUGGCUUGGUUUAUGUGUCUGUGUCUGUUUCUGCUGGUGUCUCUGGCUUUCUUAGUGGUGAGUUUAAAGUUCAGAUCGUCUACACGUGGCCUACCUGAGCCCCCCCAGCUCCCAGCACUGCCCCUGAUUGGCAGUCUACUCAGCCUGCGGAGUCCACACCCUCCUCAUGUGUUUUUCAAAGGACUGCAGGGAAAAUAUGGGCAGAUCUACUCUCUGAUGAUGGGCUCCCACAGGGUCAUCAUCAUCAACCACCACAAACACGCUAAAGAGGUUCUGAUGAAGAAGGGAAAGGUGUUUGCAGGGAGACCCAGGACUGUGACCACAGAUAUUCUGACCAGAAGUGGGAAAGACAUUGCAUUUGGAGACUUCAGUGCCACCUGGAGGUUCCACAGGAAAAUAGUCCAUGGAGCUCUUUGCAUGUUUGGAGAGGGUUCUGCCUCCAUCGAGAAGAUCAUCUGUGCAGAGGCCCAGUCUCUGUGCUCCAUCCUGUGUGAGGCAGCAGCUGCUCACCUCUCCCUGGAUCUGUCUCCUGAGCUGACACGUGCUGUCACCAAUGUCAUCUGUUCGCUCUGCUUCAACUCCUCCUAUUGCCGAGGAGACCCAGAGUUUGAGUCCAUGCUGGAAUACAGUCAGGGCAUCGUGGACACUGUUGGAAAGGACAGCCUGGUGGACAUCUUUCCCUGGUUACAGAUGUUUCCCAGUGCAGACCUGCGUCUUCUAAAGCAUUGUGUUUCAAUUAGAGACAAACUUCUGCAGAAGAAAUACGAUGAACACAAGGCAGAUUACAGUGACCAUGUGCAGAGGGACCUACUGGACGCUCUGCUGCGAGCUAAGCGCAGCGCUGAGAACAACAACACAGCAGAGGUCAGUGCAGAGUCUGUGGGCCUCAGUGAUGACCACCUUCUCAUGACUGUGGGAGACAUCUUUGGAGCUGGUGUGGAAACCACCACCACUGUGCUCAAAUGGGCCAUCAUCUACCUCAUCCAUCACCCACAGGUGCAGAGGCGUAUACAAGAGGAGCUGGACAGCAAGGUGGGGUGUGGCAAGUCGCCACAACUCUGUGAUAGAGGCAGUCUUCCCUACCUGGAGGCCACCAUUAGAGAGGUGUUACGGAUCCGCCCCGUGGCCCCUCUGCUCAUCCCCCAUGUAGCCCUCAGUGACACCAGCAUCGGGGACUUCACUGUGAGGAAAGGAAGUCGAGUCAUCAUCAACCUGUGGUCUCUGCACCAUGACGAGAAGGAGUGGGAGAAUCCUGAGCUCUUUGAUCCUGGUCGCUUCUUGAACAGUGAAGGCACAGGUGUGACCCUCCCAUCGUCCAGCUACCUGCCCUUUGGUGCAGGGGUCAGGGUGUGUCUGGGCGAGGCCUUAGCCAAGAUGGAGAUCUUCCUCUUCCUGUCCUGGAUCCUGCAGCACUUCACCCUCUCUGUCCCCCAAGGUCACCCUCUGCCCAGCCUGGAGGGCAAGUUUGGUGUAGUCCUCCAGCCGGCCAAGUACAAAGUGAACGCCACGCCCAGACCAGGGCGGCUUUUUUUUAAAUAGAACAUAUUAUAUACAUCAUGGCAACUAUUGUUUGACAUAUUAUGUCUUUGUAUUGCAUUUUUAUUAUUAUUUCUUAGCAGUUCAACAGUUUUGUUUAUGAAUACACUUGAAUGAUUUGAA